UAAAAACAUUCCGCAAUGGUGCACAACGUCAAUUUUAGCAUGUACCUUGGUCUGGCCAGUUCAUACCAGACAAUUCCAGUCGAAGUUAAACAAAAUGGCAAACAGAGAAGAUGCUCCAGCCUCAGUUUCUUACUGCCACGCCAGCGAGAUUUGUGCAACACGGAAGACAAACUUUUAGAAGUCAUUACUAAAGGAGCAGCAAUAGGAAUUAGUGAAUGCCAACAUCAGUUUCGAAGCCGCCGCUGGAAUUGUACAACUUUUAACACCACUAAUGUAUUUGGUGAAGUACUCAAUAUUAAGAGUAGAGAGACAGCUUAUCUAUAUGCUAUUUUUUCGGCUGGUAUUAUGUAUAGCGUGUCUCGAGGCUGCUCUAAAGGGCAACUGAAUCACUGUGGCUGUGGGCAGAAACUUAGAGUAGACGAAAAUCCAGAUGAUUUUGAAUGGGGUGGUUGCUCUGAUAACAUUUUAUUCGGAUCCAAAUUUUCAAGAGAUUUUGUGGAUACGGUAGAGCGGAGAGAAAUAGGUAUGGGAUUGAUGAACCUCUGGAAUAACGGAGCCGGACGAAAGGCGAUAAAGGCAAACAUCAAGAAAGUAUGUAAGUGUCAUGGAGUAUCUGGUUCUUGCUCAGUGAGAAUAUGUUGGCGCAGUAUGGAUAGCUUCCGUUCGACCGGUUCAUAUCUCUUCAAACGUUAUGACAGCGCAUCUCAAAUGAAAUUCAGCCGAAAAAAACGGAAAUUAAAACCGCUUCGCAGAUUGCUGAAGAAACCAUCCAAAAAAGACCUGGUCUAUCUGAAACAAUCACCAGAUUUUUGCUUGACAAACACAACUUACGGUUCUCUUGGUACCCGGAAUCGUCGUUGCAAACGAGAAAGUAACGGACUGGAUGGUUGUGUGCUCAUGUGUUGUGGACGCGGCUUCGUCACAAUUCCAAAAGUUGUAACGGAGGACUGCCAUUGCAAAUUUUAUUGGUGCUGCUUUGUACUUUGCAAAAAAUGUACUCAAAGACUCGAUAUGCAUUAUUGUAACUAAGACAUCGAUAAACAGAAAAGAGGAAAGUAAAACUAAUGACUAAAAAAAAAUCAUGACAGAAUCAAAAAAAUAUUGAAUAUUUUUAGUUGCUUUUCAAAUAUAUAGUACAAAAACACAAACAUGUAUACGGAUACAUGCCAAUAUUUGCAUAAGCACACCAUACGUGCAUGCUCAUACACAUGCUCUCACAUAUACAUAAACUUUCACUCCCGCUUCACACAACUUAUCUUUAAUAAUUCAGUGAAUAUCCAAUUAUCUAUCAAGGCAAUAUGUUUUAUAUUAACAUCUCUGGCACAAGAAACGGGACUGUUGAUAAACUAGAAAACAAAAUAUAUUUAUGUGAAAAUCAAAUAACUACAGUUUUCUUUAUUUACGUUUAGAAUAAAACAUACUUAGGGCUAUAAUAAACCGAGGAUUACCAAUAAUCAUCAGUAAGCUGUUCUAGUUUAGCAGCUAUGUUGUCUGUAAACACUUUGUCUUUUGACAGUAGAUUUAUCUAAACAUAAGAACACAUAAAUUUCCUCAGUUUAAGAGAGUAAAGUGAAUAAAAAUAGAAAAGUUGGUAAUGUAUCCAUGAUUAUUAUUAGAAUUAUUACUAGUGUAGUAUCCAUCAAAAUUGACUGAGUACAUUUUUGCUUAUUUUCA